ACCAAAGCGGCUCAAACCGGGCGAACAAAUGCAAUCCAGCCAUGGACAAUAGUGGCCACCACACGGCGACCAAAAUCCUAGCGACUCCUCCGGCCAGAGAAAGCCUGUCUGCCAGGAGCAACAUGAUCAGCACGCCCAAGCCCCUCGCCUUCUCCAUUGAGCGCAUCAUGGCGCGGACGCCGGAGCCGCGCUCCAUCCCCGUCCCGCAGCUCCUCCACGGCUCCGUGGCCAAAGGCGACCCCAAGCACCCGCUGCACCUCAACUCCUCCAUCCCCUGCAUGAUCCCCUUUGUCCCGGUGGCGUACGACCCCCUGCCCAAAGCGGCGGCGGCCGGAGCGGAACCCAGGAAGGCUCACUUAGACUCCUCUUCCUCGCCCUCCUUUAGCUGCGGCGAUCUCUUGAACUGUGCCCUGAGCUUGAAAGGCGAUUUCCCCCGCGAUGCCCUGCCCUUGCAGCAGUACAAACUGGUAAGACCCCGAGUGGUCAAUCACUCCUCCUUCCACGCCAUGGGAGCCCUGUGCUAUUUCAACCGAGGCGACAGCCCCUGUCACCCGUCCGCCAGUGUCAACAUCCACCCGGUGGCUUCUUAUUUCCUCAGCUCUCCCUUGCACCCGCAGCCCAAGGCUUACCUGGCGGAGCGGAACAAGCUGGUGCUGCCGGCCGCGGACAAGUACCCGGCGGGGGUAGCCUUCAAGGACUUGUCGCAGGCUCAGCUGCAGCAUUACAUGAAAGAAAGCGCUCAGAUCCUCUCGGAAAAAAUCGCCUACAAGACCUCGGAGUUCAGCCGCGGCUCCCCGAGCAGCAAGCCCAAAGUUUUCACGUGUGAAGUUUGUGGAAAGGUAUUUAAUGCACAUUAUAACUUAACUCGCCAUAUGCCGGUGCACACGGGAGCCAGACCCUUUGUUUGCAAAGUUUGCGGGAAGGGCUUCAGGCAGGCGAGCACGCUCUGCCGGCACAAGAUCAUCCACACCCAGGAAAAGCCACACAAGUGCAACCAGUGCGGCAAAGCCUUUAACCGGAGCUCGACCCUGAACACACACACGCGAAUACACGCCGGCUACAAACCUUUUGUCUGUGAAUUUUGUGGCAAAGGAUUUCACCAGAAAGGCAAUUACAAAAACCACAAGCUGACUCACAGCGGGGAGAAACAGUUCAAGUGCAAUAUCUGCAACAAGGCUUUCCACCAGGUGUACAACCUGACCUUCCACAUGCACACCCACAACGACAAGAAGCCCUUCACCUGCCCCACCUGCGGCAAAGGCUUCUGCAGGAACUUUGACCUCAAGAAACACGUCCGCAAGCUGCACGACAGCGCCCUGGGACUGCCCCGGCCCCCCGCCGAGCUGGGGGGGCCCGACCAGCCGCCCCCCCCCGGGCCGCUGCUGCAGGGCCCGCCGCCGCUCCAGCCGUGAGGGAGGGGGGGGCCGCCAGCGGGGAGCGCCGCUCCGCCGGUGGGAGCCCCGCCGCUGCCCGCCCGCCUCUUUGCAUGCACCUGUUAAGCGGUUUUGUGUGUCAUGCUCUGUAUCGCCACUAAGGUUUACGGGACUGAUUGUUUCCUCUC